GUCAGUAACGCAAAUAAUUAACGCUGACAUUGUUAAUACCCCAUCGAGAGUCUCGUAUGACGCAAUUAAAUUCUUGAAUAAAAAACAUUUUUUAAUACUGGCCAUCCGUACCCCCUCACCUGCCCCCUGGCGUCGCUCCCUCGUACGAUGUAAUUGGAUGGUGAUCUCGUUUUCAUCUCCUUAUCGCAUUUGUCCUGUUUUUUAUUCGAUCACCAACAAUUAAACGUUUGAUCAAUCCGUCGGAGAGUUUGAUUCUUGUGCCAGUGACAGAGACUUCAAAGGCAAUUACUGGCAAGUGAUUUUCAUCAAUUUUUUUUAUUGUUCGACGGAUCCGCAAGUGGUUGAGCGGAGAAUCGCUGCUCAUAAUAACUUUCACCUGCUUUAGGAGGCAAUUGGGUCAUGGAAAUGUGAGUGCUGAAUUUUUUCACGGGGGUGGAAGACAUUGCUCGAGGUGGAUGAAGCUUCCAGGAUAGCGUGGAUGUUUUUUUGACGCCGGAGGUGGAUAAUUUUAUUGAGGAAUUAAUUUUUUCAACGCCCUGAGCUCUGUUAAUUGACACAAUUGGGGUCAAUUUGAUGAUGUUGUUGGGUGGUUUUUUCCGGUUGUGAGGAGCUUUGACGAUUUUCGAGGGGUGACUGUAGUCCCUUUUUUUUGGAAUUACUCCAGAGCGGAUUAUGAAUGUUAUGGAUGGGGAUGGGCGUCGGUGCCACGGAGGUGGUUGACUCAGCGUCAUCUGAUUGAUAUGAUCGAGAGUGUGUCUAGACGAGCGCUGAGUGGCUCCAGUGGGAGCUACCACGUUCGAGGAGCCGAACUGGCGCGAGACAGAAGACUCAAAUCCCUAUCAGCCACUGUUGUCUUUCUCGAUGACACCCAGCACACUUUCCAGCUCGACAAGAGAGCCAAGGGCCAGGCACUCCUUGACCUUGUCUUCCACCACCUGGAGCUCAUUGAGAAAGACUACUUUGGACUGCAGUACACCGAGAAUCCUAGCAACUCCUCAAAUUCACCGGACGUUAUGCGAUGGUUGGACCCUUCGAAACCCGUGAAAAAGCAGAUAAGAAGUAAGGGUGGUCAGUUCUUCUUCAGGGUGAAGUUCUAUGUAUCGGAUCCCAGUAAACUCCAGGAGGAGUACACUAGGUAUCAGUUUUACCUCCAAAUAAGGAGGGAUAUAUUGCAGGGGAAGCUCCAGCUGCCAGUGAGCACAGCCUGUCUGAUUGCCAGUUAUACGGUUCAAUCGGAGCUGGGGGAUUAUCAUCCUGAGGAGCACGGGCCGGGAUAUCUGUCCAGACUUCAGCUUAUCCCUGGUCAGACUGAGGAAAUGGAGAGAAAGAUCUGUGAACUUCACAAGCUCCACAAGGGGCAACUUCCAGCUGAUGCUGAAUUCAAUUUUCUCGAUCACGCAAAACGUCUGGAUAUGUACGGAGUGGAGUUACACAAGGCAAGGGACUCAACGAACAAGGAGAUCCAGUUGGGUGUCACCUCCAUAGGUCUCGUAGUAUUUCAAAACAACACGAGAAUAAAUAUUUUCUCCUGGUCUAAGAUAGUUAAAAUAUCGUUCAAGCGAAAACAAUUUUUCAUUCAAUUGAGGAGAGAGCAAUCGGAGAGUUAUGACACCCUCUUAGGCUUUAACAUGCAGACAUACAGAAGCUCGAAAAAUCUGUGGAAGGCGUGUGUGGAGCAUCACACGUUCUUCAGACUUCACAGCCCGAAGAUGAGGCCCAGGAGGUUCCCUCUGACCCUCAGCAGUAGAUUCACGUACUCCGGGAGAACUGAGUACCAGACUGUCGAGGAUGGCAAGUACAGGGCGAGAGUGGAGAGGACAUUUAUCAGAUCCCCCAGUAAACGUUUGGUGCACGGGGUUCAGGCACCGGUGCCCGAGGAGAAGGGCAAAGUGGCAGUGGCACCUGGACGCCCUCCAAGACCCUACGACAACAAGGUGCAGUCACUGGGCUCCAGGGAACCUCGACAGGCCUGGGGCGAGGGCAACCCCAGCGAUGAUGAGGGUGGUUUUUUGUCCCUCAGAGAAGAGAUGAAUGGGGCGCAUACCCAGGGAGGAGCGUUCUCCCCUGUCCUGGGUUCGAGGAUUCUCAGCUAUGUGGAUGAUGAUACUGCUGUUGAGAGAAAUAUCUACGAUCUUCCGGACUACAGCGAACCCACCAGUUCCCCAGCUCCAGCGCCGGCACCUGAUGACGGUUUGGUGACAAUUUGUCUCACUCCAGACGAACAAGGACGCUUUGGUUUUAAUGUGAAAGGCGGUUUGGACCUUGACAUGGCCAUUUUAGUCUCUAGAGUGGCUCCCAACACACCAGCUGAUCGGUGCUAUCCAAAAUUGAAUGAAGGAGACCAAGUGGUUUACAUAAAUGGUAUGGACGUCUCUGGAAUGCUGCACGAGCACGUUGUGAAUCUGAUUCGUCAGUGUCGAGAUACUGGUAACGGUGAAUUGAGCCUGACAGUGCGUCCUAAUGCCCUGUACAACGCCCUGGCGGGUACAGAUGAGCCAUCAGAGGAAGAGCCGCCGUACAGGUACGUACCGGACGCUCCACAGGCAACAGUUGGCUCAGACGCCCUGGCCCAAUCGAUGUUACUCCUCGCUGAUGGUCUCGCCAGUGGAGCUCUCAUCGCACAAUACGAACAGCUCUACAGGAAAAAUCCCGAGUUGACGUCACUCGAGUCGAAGAAAACGGAAAAUCAGAAUAAGAACAGGUACAGGGAUAUUUCACCGUACGAUGUGACAAGGGUAAUCCUAAUGGGCUCGAUUAACGGGGAUUACAUCAACGCCAACUACGUGAACAUGGAAAUUCCUGGCUCUGGGAUUAUCAACAGGUACAUUGCAACGCAGGGGCCGCUGUCAUCAACUCUCGCUGAUUUUUGGCAGAUGGUUCUCGAGGCUGGGAGCACUCUUGUUGUCAUGCUGACGACGCUUGUCGAGAGAGGGCGAACCAAGUGCCACCAGUACUGGCCCAAUGUUAAUGAACCUCUGACCCUGAGGAAUCUGACGCUGACUACGACGUCCGAGAAGACGGACGACUUUUUUGUAUUCAGGGAGUUUGUCCUGAGGGAUGUGAGCACUGGCGAGGAGAGGGACAUCACUCAUAUGCAGUACUGGGGGUGGCCUGAUCAUGGUGUUCCUGGUGAUUGGAGGCAGUUCACGGGCUUCACCGAGAGGGUGAGGGCCGCAAGAACAGGUAUCGUCGAGCCAGCUGUUGUUCACUGCAGUGCUGGCAUUGGUAGAACUGGUGUGCUUGUACUCAUGGAGACUGCUCUGUGUCUUAUCGAGGCUAAUCAACCGGUUUAUCCACUCGAUAUUGUCAGGGCUAUGAGGGAUCAGAGGGCUAUGAUGAUUCAAAAUGCUAGUCAGUACAAAUUCGUAUGUGAAGCUGUGCACAAAGCGUACACCGAGGGUAUAGCCAAGCCACUGUUGGAAUUUUCCAGAUAAAGUCAAACCACAUAUAUCUAAUUCAGUGGGCAAGUGGUAAUUGCUGAAAAUUCAGUCCUGUCUAUUGACAUAUUAAUUUUUUUACCACUUUAGUGCUGAUUUACUAUCAUUUAAAUAUAUAUGAAAUUAAACAUAUAUAGUUUUUUUAAAGUGACAAUAACUCACAUUUUUAUGAGUCUCCAACGAUUGUAUCUAUUAUAACGGUUGUAGAAGAAUUCAGUGAAUCGUUUUCCCUGGACGUGUGAUAGCUCUUGGUAUGGUCGAUUUUUUUUUUUCAAUUUAUCAACUAUUUUUUAUUAAUAUUAAUGGAAAUAGGAAGAAAUCCCACCAUAGUCGUAAUUUACAGUAAUUUCUGCAUGUCUACUUUUUCGUAAAAAAUUUCGAUGAUUAAUUGGAAAUUAUUUAUACAACAGAGGGGUGAGGAAGAAUUUUAAUGAUUAAUUUGUGUAAAUAGCGUAGAUAAUAAGACUAGUAUUUUACCAAUUAAAAAUAUGUGCCAGAAAUUCAUUGGUGACUGAUGCCAAUGAUCGUCCAGAGCUACAAUUAAAUCUAAAUUUUUCCAAAUUUUUAUACGUAAUGAUAGUCACAACGCACUCAUGUCAAAUUUAUUUUUUUAUUCGUCCGGACGUGAAAAAAUUCAAAAUUCAUUCGCUGUUUGAUAUAUUUAAACGCGAUGAAUAGAAAUUAAGGAAUACAAAUGGACGUAUUAAUUGGUGUGAGAUCCGGUAGCUGUCUAGUCGAGUUUAAUUUGUACUUUUGACUAUCAUAAACAAAAAGAAAAGCAAAAGAAAAACAAAUAAAUCAUUUUAUAACAAAAAAAAAUUGGAAACUGAGUGAAAUAAUGUCUUUGUGCAAGAAAUUCCACUUUUGACGAUCAACUUUUUCUUCUUGUGGAAGACAUUUGUCACUUUUUAAUUUUUUUUUCCCCUGUAAUACAUUGC